AUGCCAUUAUUUAAAAGUAUUUGUGGAGCUGGUGAUGCUGUCGAUGAUUUGAAAAUGGUGAGAGAACCACCACUUCUGAUCAGAGAGUUGUUGAUUCAUAUUGGAAAAUUCAUGCUGGUCCGAGAUUUAUUCCACUUUUCAUGUUGCAAUUCCUAUUUAUUAGAAUUGUUUUUUGAUCCGAAAGAUUAUAAGAAACUGUCGAAAGAAAAAAGAAGAUUGAUAAAGAAAAAUCAACUAAAUUACAAAUCAGAACUAUUAAUUCAAGAAUAUUCAAAGGAAGAACGAAAUGAUUUUUCACAAAUUCAGUUGGAAAUUUGGAAACGUUUAGUUUGUUUCUAUUUUCCAUCAUUUGAUUCGAAUUUGAAUGUUAAAAAUUGGCUGCAUGUGAUGAGAAGGCGAGUAGAGCACAUUACAUUGUACAAACCAAGUGCUCUUCCGCUCAACCCUGAAGUAUCAUGCACAGUAGAUUUCUCAGUAUUUAACAAAUUUUUAGAACAAGGACAUUUGGAUAAUUACAUGUUGAAUGAUUCAACUUUUGUGGCAAAUUGUGAAUGGAUCUAUAAGUGCCCUCUGAAUUUUUCUCAAUUAAUGUACUCUGACAGUUUUUUCUGUAAGGAAUGUAAUAAGAAGGUCUAUAGAGUGAGCUCAGUUGAGGAGUUGAAGGAAAAGAGUGCUUUGGGACAGUGUAUUGCAUUUGGGGUAGAAGAGCAAUUUUAUGGAGGAUUGAUGUAA